UACCUACGUACCAGCUCGUGAUGUCAUGAUACGCAAUUUAUCCAAUGAAAAUGGAUCACAUAUACCGACGUGACUUAAGAGGAGGCUGACUCGUGAUUGAUGAAUGACCCACUGACAAUGGUGCUUUGGGACCUGCGCGGCAGGCUGCAGGCACAUUACUUUUUCGAGCCUGCCGAUCCAGUUGCUUUGAGUUCCCCGCAGUCCUUUGUCGGUCCAAUUCACCUUGGAAUGAUUGCGAAAAAAGCCAAGACGCACUUAUAUAAUGACAUUAGCAAACAAAAUCAGUUCGCCGAUGAUGUCCGCCUUGUGUUCAAUAGCGCACUCAUGGCAAAAUGCAACCCAACAUCACCGGUGUCUGUUGCUGCAAAGGAGCUAUGUGUCUUCUUUGAGGCCAGAUUUGGGGUCAAAAGCCUUGAACACUUUCCAGCGGUGAUGGAAAAGUUCCCGGCUUCCUCUGAGUGUGGUCGUUUACUCGCGAAACUUGUAAAUUCAAAUGACUCCGAAUUUAACUAUCCUAUACAACACCCCAGUUCCACUCUCCCAGACCAUUUUCGUGCCAUCACUUCUCCACUUAGCUUUAUCACCGUACAAAAAAAAAUGGAAUCUGGUCAGUAUAUGUCUGUGAGGGCUUUUGCCAGCAACAUUUACGCAAUAUUCCGAAAUGCAGCAAGAUAUAAUAAGUUGCAGAGGAGUAGCGCAAUUUUUAGUUGCGCGAUAGGGCUUAGAAGUCUCUUUACAGAAGAGCUCCGGCUUAUUGUAAGGGAUUCCACGUUGUUGUCGUCACCUCGUUCAGCCGUGCUUAAUACAAUGUGUACGCUUGUGAAUGCGCUGGAACAUGACGUUAGAUACUUGGGUGCUCCUGACCGAGCUGCUGCCACGCAGUCUAUGAAACUCAGUAGCAUUUACGAAAGAGUCUAUACGGCCAAAUAUAAACAGUGGCUGCAUAUGGCGACAUUUAUAGACGAUGUGCGUCUCGUGAUUGUAAAUGUUACAAUUGGCCCGUGUCUAUGUGCGCUUGGACUAUUGUUCAUUCGACUAGUUGCUAUCGCACAUGAUUCAAAUGGAUUAUGCCCUGUAGGCCAUGAGUUCAAAUGGAUUCACUUCCCGAUGCAUGGCAGCCAAGAAGCGCCUGGCCGUCUUCGAGGCAGGCCUUGCAACCUGUAGAUCCUUGACGCACAACCCCUCAAACAGCUUAUUUCGUUUAGCUGGCCAAGAUGAUAUUGCAACGUGUGAAUUUCUUUGGGGCGUUAUUGAGCCACUUGCGAUAGCGACGGAAUCAUACCUCUUUCGCAAAUGUCUUCAUACUUCUACUGGUAUUCAAAGUUACCAAACACUCAACGAGUCAUUCAUGGAUCUCAAAACUAUUGACGUCAAAGGCUGUUGCAAUGUCGCUACGCAGAAACUUCAGAUUGCUCUUGAAAUAAAGACAGCCCUCGUCAACCCAGAGUCACGUCAUCAUGUCGUAUAUUUAGCUUUUACUGCUGAGCACAGACACUCAUAAAACAAUGCCGCUUGGAUGCUCUCACUACCCCGUCACCGACUCGUGCAAAUCGUCGAGUAUCUCGCAUGACAUUGAUGACGCUUCUUGACAUUUUUGUGGAAGAAUCACCUACACACUUAUAUUUCAAUCUCCCUGGCAACCUUGUAAAGGAGAUACCUGACCACCUUAAAGUAAAAAAAGUACAGUGCACGAUUUACAUCUUUAGGUGGCAUUCUUUGCAAAUACCCAUGCAGGUUAUAAAUCAGCCAAUGGAUCUAAAGACCAUUGGAUCUCGUGUCGAAAAGGGGUACUAUCAUUGCGUGGAUGCCUUUGUCGAUGAUCUCAGACUCAUGUUAGCAAAUACAAUUCAACGCAACAACGUUGACCCGGCACGUCCGGUACUAUCUAAACGAGUCUAUGAAAUCAUGAAGUUACCCUCCUGCCAACUCUGGCAACUCUGCUCCGCUUAGGUUCAUCUCGCAACAGUGCAUCUGAAAGGGCGCUUUGAGCAUGCACUUAGAGAGCUUAAAGCAAGCGCCAUAAAAUCAUCCACGCUCAUGUGUGUCACGCGUGCAGCGAGUACGGGUGCGCACAAGAGAUGUCUUGCCUUCAGCGACCCCGAACAUUGCAUUUCGCAACUACCACUCGGUGAAGUUCAUCACAUAUUUCGAGCAUUAGUCCUGGAUCAGCCUGCCUCAGCUUUUUUCCUCAAGCCUAUUACGUCCUCGGCGCCAGGACUCGGGGACUACUCCAGGAUCAUCAAAAAGCCCAUGGAUCUUGAGGCCAUUGGUGAGCACGUGAGCACAUACCAAACAUUCCUUGCUUUCGCCCGUGAUGUACGGCUUGUCUUUAACAACGCACGCGUAUACGUCGCAAACUCUAAAUUGGCUGUUCACGACGCCGCCAGUAUACUCUCGAGGCUAUUUGAGGAAAAGCUUUCCAACCUCAUUUUAGGAUAUAGUGCACAGGAAUGCAGUGCACAGCGAUGUGUGCACACAGAGCCAUCUAAUCUGCUUCAAUCAUGUUCACCGGCUGCGAUGGCUGCUGACCGGAUGCUAAUUGCCUUAAACUGGGACGAGGCUGCAAGCAGCUCAGUUGAAAUCAGAUUUGACACAAAACACAGUCGUGUUGGGUUGCCUGCUGUGACGCGGGCAUCACAGCAACCCUCCCGCAUGCUCAAACUUCUUUGGGGUGCAUCACGCUCAGAAUCGUGUGCUAGGAGGAGCGCCUUCCUUUGCGGCGCAACUAUACACGAACAACUGGCAGUUGACGCCACGCAUAUCCCACGUAUAUCAGGGCUCGGAUGCGAUGGUGAAGCAAAACACUUGCUGGUUACAACCGCCGGCAGCGCAGAAUCCAUUUCGCGGCAUGAACGAGACCAGGACCGGCAACGGGAACGCAAUGCCGCGCGGAGACAACGCAAUGAGCUUGAACAAACCAUCGAUCUCGAGCGACAGCGUCUAAUCGUCUCAAAAUUCCUGGCACGAGCCGCUGGAUCAAUAAGCUCGAUAGGUUUUGAUAAACAGGAUGAAGGUGCUUAGCAAAUCUCGUCAGGUUGUUUUCAUACUAGCGCUCUUGCCUCCCUUGCAUCAUAUAUUAGCUAGCCAUUUCUCGUUUGCCUUGCUGACACAGUUUAUUCCUUUUGUGGCCUGGACUGGAUUGUUUUGCAGCUUAUAUACGUCAUUAACUCACUUGAUGAGUCUGCGACACGUGGCGGUGUGGAGGGCCGCGGGCGGGGCCCCGCGCUCAAGGUAAACUCCUGGCGGACCAGGUUAGGACCCGGGGCUGCUGGGGGACCGGUACCCGCGGGGGAUGGGUCGGAGAAUCAGCGGAUGCGGCGGUCUGCCGGCGGACGGGGCGGACCAGUGUUUGCGGACCCGUGACGGGCGGGUGGCUGCGCGGCAACGGCGGGCGGGUCGCGGACCGGUGGAACUUCAAGUUCAACUUGAUCUUCAACGCAAGCAAUUCAACGUUCCGUUUGGCGAAUCGAAUG